UCCAAGCACGCAAACAACGGGACAUAACGGGAUAGUGGUAGGACCAAAUAAAAAUGCAAUGAUGGCGACAGCUGCAGAGGAUGUCUGCUCCAGCCAUGCCAUCUCAGAAAACACUGACACACCCGUGUCUUUCAAAAGCGCAAGGGAAAACCAGGACAGACCCUGGAAACUGAGGUUUAUUUAUCUGCAGUGCUAUUUUUUAACAAUUGCUACAAUACUGGGGACUGGGAUCUUGGGAUUGCCGGUAACAAUAGCUCGAGCUGGGCUGCUACCUUUCCUGAUUUCUUUUCUCUUCGGCUUUCUAGUGCAGGCUUUGCUCAUAUACCUGUUUGUGGAUUUGCUGCAGAGAUGCCGUCUAGCCCAACUGGAGUCAAUGAAGCCUGUAGAGACGGAGAGAAUUUCAUUGGAAGAUGUUUGCUCUGAAGAGCAUCCGACCCUUAAUACAGAAGAGGAAGAAUAUGGGGAGGAAUUGGAGGAGGCAGUAGAUACGGGCCUUUUACAGAGAGAUGCCACAGCACGGAGGCAUAAAGAGGAACCUCAGCCAAAUCUGCACGUCCUGGGAGUUCUCUUCCUGGGAAAGCACACCAGCCGUGCCUUCAACUUUGUUCUCCUCUUUCAAUUUGUGUCUAUCGGGAUCAGUUACGUCUUGGCAGGAAGUGAGGCCUACGCUGCACUUUUUCAUACCAGUCAUAUCUACGUGAUCCCCGUCUUUACGUGGACACUUUCGUUUGGUAUUCUCCUGGCUCAAAUGAUCAUUCAGCCCAUUACGUCACUGCUGACGCUUCUCAAAGGAAUUCUGCUGGUCAUUACGGUGGCCGUGACAUUUGUAGUGGGUUCAGAAGUUCACCAGGAGACCACAAAUGACUUCACCCAAAUCGGAAAACCUUUUCUAAUGGGAACAGUUGCUCUCGGUGGGAUAGUCAACGUCAUGCCAUUUUUGUUUUCAGAAAUCUCCCAUGCAAAAACACAGGUAUUAUGGUUCAGGAGAGCUGUACUAGGAGGACUUGCCACAUGCACUCUCUUAAAUAUAUUAUGGUGUUGGGCAGUAUUAGAGAUUGUUCCCCAGAUGGCUGUGGAGACGGUGAUGGAGGAGAGAGUCUUAAACAACAGCACAGGACAAACAGAGAUGACUCAGUCUGUACACACAUUUGUCUUCUCCAACAUAUCCCUCGAGGGGUCAGAGAAGGCAGGAGAGAUAGCGACGAUACCUCUAACCAAGAUCAUAACGCAGAGGUACAGACGGUUCUCCUGGGUGGCAAUGCUGAUCCAAAUCUUCAUCACCAUCAGUAUAAGCGUCAGCUUCCUCGUGAUGGGCACCGCCAUGAAGCACACAAUCGAUGGUCUGGUCAGCACACACUGGAUGGAGAAUGCAGAAUGGAUGGUGAGAUUCACUUCAAGACUAUUGCCCCAUAGCUCACGAUGGAGGACAUUAGCCCAGAGCUUACAGCACCGCAGACGGUUCUUCAGUGGCUUCGUGUCCUUUUUGGCUUUCGGUGUCAUUUUUGUAGUUUCAGCUUCCGAUCCAAAGGGAUUUUUUGUGAUGAUUGAUAAAGUGGUAUCUCUUUCCCUAAACAUGGAGGUGGGCUUGUUUAUCUUUCUGAUGCUGAGGACCUCUAGAUCAGAGCGAUUUAAACAUAUCACCGUGCCUUUGAUGGUGAGCGAGAGACUUUUCAGCCUUCACUGGCUGCUGCCCGUCUACUUCUUGUUCGCCGUUGCUUACGACAUCUUCCAGAGCGUUCUAGAGAUCACAGUGAACAUGUCUUUAACGCUCAACGCCAACUCUUCUCUCCUUUGAGAUGCACGAAGAGAAAUACAUUUCUGACCUGAUACUGUAUCAAGUGGGCAAACUUUCUGUGGAUAUCCCUCAGGAACGGUCAGCUUAUACCACACUGUGCCAACCCAGACCAAACACAGCUUUGAAACGUCCACCAUGCCAGAGUAUUGCACAAUAUAUUGACACUGAUAACAGAAAGAGCUCGAGGCAAUCCUGUCCUCUCAUUUAGUUAUUUACUAUGAGCAGAGAGCACUUUGCAUUGGAGAUCAGAUGGAGAUUUAUAGAUGUUCUUGGGUCAAAUGGCCUCUCCUUUAAGCAUGCUGAAAAUAUUUGAUAUACUCACUUUAUUUAUUUAAUCCAGUAAAUUGCAUGGGCUUUCUGCUAGUCAGAGAAACCAAUACAGGAUGGUUAUUUUGAUUGUGUCAACAAUACACAGUGAUUAAAUAAUCAAAACAUAGCAAUGUUCCCAUGCAGAAGUGCUGCUUCUAAGAAAUUAAAUGAUGGGCUAUUAUUGAGUAUAUUUAGUGCUUUAAUAAACAGGCUGUGUACUUAAAAUUACAAACCAGCAAACAAUAGCUGACAUUUACCAUCUAGGUUAACUGAUAUAGUCUGGCUAUGAGUAAGCCCAACUUUUAGCCAAAAUAAACUUUUUUUUAAAUUGUCAUUUGUGCCAAAAUAACAUGCAAGAUGUAUGAGAUGUCAUCAUGUAAGCAAAGCCAACAGUGAUUCAGAAGAUUUUUUUUCUUUUGGGCUAUGGUUAGACAUACAAUUUUUUAUCGACAGCCGACAUUUUGCCUUGUUUUAGCCUAGAUGUCUGGGCUGUGUAUGGAUGGCUAUUAGAUGACUUUUAAAUGCAAAAUUGUAAACUAAUUGUUUGCAGAAUAAAAUUUUGUGUUUACAUAUGUGUGUGUGCACUGUGUAUAUUAAUAAUGAUGCAUAUAUAUCAAUACACACACAUGCAUGUAUAAUUUUAAGAAAAAAAAAUAAUGUAAUAUUUGAAGAGUUUGGUUCCAAAAGGCAAUAAAUCCAUUUUGAUUAAUUUGGGUAAAAACUUGUUUUCUAUACCAAGAAAGUGACAAGAUGAAAACCACUAUUUUCUGUUAUAAACUUUCACAUAGCAUCGUUAGGUUAUAAUAACAUAAAAAAAUCAAAUCCAUCAUUUGAUUGUCAAAGAUUUACUAUACAAAGUGAUUAUUUUUUCUGCAAAAUGCAAUAAAUCCAUGAUAAGUAAAAAAAAAAAAAAUGCUACAAAUCUAUUGAAUCAAUAUAUAAAUGUGUAUUCAUCUUUGCCAUUUUAUAUUCAUUUAGUUGACUACUGGUAUACACUGAUUAAAAAAUAAACAUUAAUGGCCUUAAUCAAAACACUUACUUUGUCAUAUUAACAACACUGUUAUUGUUGCUGUCGUCUUUGGGACGUCAUUGCAAAAAAAAAUUUGACAGUGAUCAGCAGUAAAAUGUUUGGGUCCUGCACGAUUUUCAUUGACUGCAUAAGAUCUGCUGGGGUCAAUGUGUUAGCAUGACAGAAGCUUGAUGCUGUCGAGAAAAAAAAGCAACAGUCGGCAUUUUUCCUUCGCCUGAGUGUCUGUCACGUAAAUUAUAAGAUUUUGAUGGUCACGUUUUAACGCCGUUUAUCAUCUGUUGGAACCAAACUCCUCAUUUAUAUAUAUAUAUAUAAAUGUAUAUACAAACAUGCAAAUAUUUCUAAAAUAUACACAUUCAUGUGUGUGUAUUUAUAUCCAUAAUUAUUAUACACAGUACACACACAUAUUCACUAUAUUGCCAAAAGUUUUGGGACACCUGCCUUAUUAUGCACAUGAACCUGAAUGACAUCCCACUCUUAAUCCAUAGGGUUUUAUAUGGAGUUGGCAACAAUAACAGCUUCUACUCUUCUUGAAAUACUUUCUACAAGGUUUAGGGUUUAUGGGAACUUUUGACCAGUCUUCUAAAAGCACAUUUGUAAGGUCAGACACUGAUGUUGGACGAGAAGGCCUCGCUCGUAUUCGCCGCUCUAAUUCUUCCCAAAGAUGUUCUGUUGGGUUCAGGUCAGGACUCUGUGCAGGCCAGUCAAGUUCCUCCACACCAAAGUCGCUCAGCCGUGUUUUUAUGGACCUUGAUUUGUGCACUGGAAGUGAUUGAAACACCCAAAUUCAAUGAUUUGGAGGGGUGCCUCAAAACUUUUGGUAAUAUAGUGAAUGUAAACAUAAAACAUUUACUUAAGCAGCCAUACAAAAUUGCUUGCUGGGAAAGAAUGAAAACAUAACUGAAAUUGAUUCUUUACAUUACACAUGUAUACACAGUACUCCACUGGAACUUUUGUUUGUCUGCAAGAUUUUUUGUUUUUAUUUAUAUGUAAUAUAAGGUUAACGCUACUAUUUAUUCUGUCACAAUUUAUUAUGUAACUUUUAUUAAAGUAAGGUUAACCCAUAA